UUACAAUGAAUUGAUGUUUAAGGUGAUUUCAUGGUGUUAUUUACAAAUUUGUGAAAUGAUUUGAUUAAUGGUCGAAUCGAUGAAUGACUUGAAUCGACUGUUACGCUUAGUGUCCACCUUUUACCGCUAUUGUUACUCCUAUUAUGAACUUGCACCAGUCGAGUGUUUAUAAGUGUCAAGAUGAAUCCACUCUUAAUUUUAUCAGCUCGAUCCUUGGUUCAACAAUAUGUUUCCUCGUAGAUCAUCUCGAUUCCCGUUGCAAUUGUUUAACGAAUGGAAGUGUAAUUAAAAUGCCCAUAGGAAUUAAUUUAGUUGUUGUUACUGAUAUCACUACGAUUGUUAAUUCUUUUGUUGUUAAUAGAUGUGGACAUCAUAAGUUAAUAAACACUUCAGUUCAUUACCGCACUGACUUGUCAGCCACUUUGAAAAUAAUUUCAACCUUAUGUUCAUCAUCUGUAUUUUCAUCGCCAUCAUUACCAAGUAAAUUGUCAUCUGGUUCAAGAUAUAAUCAUUAUAAUUUAAUGUGUCCCAUCAUUUUAAUCAUUAUCAGCACUUCCCUUGUGUCAGCAUCAACAUCAACAUCUUCCUCUUCAUCACCAGCAUCAUCUCCAUCAACGGCAUCAACCAAUAAUGUUCAAUCUGGAAGGCGUAUAAAGAGUCAACCAUCUUCGGGGUUUAACCUGAGAAUGGUUCAAAACAAUGAUCUAUCCUCGUCGUCUUCAUCGGUGACAACAGUAUCGUCCAUCAACAGGAUUACAACGGCAAAUCAAAUCAAUACUUUUUGGUUGGUGGCAAUCAUUUUCAAUGCAACAUUGGCAGCUUUGUUUUUCCUAAUCUUUUGUUACCUUUGCCUGAAAAAAUCCCUUCAAUCUAGGAAGGUGCGAUUGGAUAGUCGACAUGGUGAUCCACUUUUCACUCGGAAAUCAUUCACCGCGCCAAACGAGUCAAAUGGCCAAAAACAAUCAUCAGUUUACACUAUUCCAAUGGAUAAACAUUUGUUGUCUGUUAAUUCAACCAAACAAUCAUCACUCAACAAAUUUAAGAUGGCUGGUCGUUUAACAGGUCGAUUGGCCACAUCAAGUCCCAUCCAAAGUAAUAAUACAAUUAGUACCUUGGAUAGUUUUAGUGAAAGUAAUCCUUCUAGUCCAGCCAGAUAUGACCCACCACCAAAAAAUCUCCAGGGUCCAUUUGAUAAUUUAAGAGCGCCAGUCGAUGAAAAUGCUGAAAAGGUAGUUAACUUCACUGGACCAGCAGAAGCUAUUCAUGCUGCCAAAUCACUUUACCAUAAUAACAUAAAGCUUAGCCCCGUUAACCCUAUUCAAGCUGCCGAUAAUCAAGUUAAGAGUGAUUUUGAGAUGAAGAAAGAUCAAUCAUCAUCAGUGGCAACAAACAAUCAUAAUAAACAAGAUACUAUACCAAUUAAUCAAUAUAAUUCAUCUCCUCUGCCACCAUCAUCGUUAUCACUUUCGUCUACAUCAUCUACAACAAUUUCACAAAUUACUGGUGAAACCAAAAAAGAAACCGUAAUUGAGUCCAAAGAUCUGAUAGUUGACAGAGUUCUUAAUUAUGAGAAACCAGCUAAUAGUGAUUGUGAUAAAAAUGAGAAUGGAUUAUCUGAUCCUGCAAAUCACCAGCAUCCCAUGAAGCAUAAAAACAAGAAAGCUCUUGCUGUUGGUCGAGACUUACAAAAUAUUGGUUCUCGAGUAGUGGCCAAAUUAAGGAAUGACAGAAAAACUUCAGUUUCAAUCCAAACAUCACCAACAAUCUGGUUUGGAACUGUUGAUCUCAAGAGCGAUCCAACAAUAGCAUGGGAACCUCAUCCAGUUUACUCAGAACCUUUUUCACCUAAUCAUGACUCUCGAGCAGAAAGAAAAUAUUUUAUUUACCUUGUAACUGAUGCAUCCCCAUAUUUUCGGAAAAAUUGUAUUGGAAAAAUAUCUCUUCCUGCUAGAUCAGCUUUAACAUUAUCUCAACUUCGUGAUAUCCUCAUGAAAGCAGAAGACUCUUCAUUGAAAGAUGUUUUAAAAAAGAACAGGUCUUUUCGAUUUUUGACCGAAACCUAUAGGUUUGUUGCUCAAAAUGAAGCUAUUGCUCCGAUUGAUCAAGUCUAUCCAACUCAAGGUAUUUUUAUUAAACUAAGUGCACCCGACUAUUCAAUCAUGCCUACUACUGAUCGAUCAGAUACUAAUCAUACAACUAAAGUCACCGGUACUGGAAACAGAAGGCGAACAUAUCGAGAUGAUGCAAAGUUUGCUACUUUCAUUAAUAUUUCCGACACAAACCCUGAAAAAACUGCUGUUAAAAAUCAAGAAAACUUUAAACAAAAAAGGAUCACUUUCAAUCAACAAGCCAAACGGGAACAACCCAUUCAUCUUUACCAGGAUGAAAACAACUCAGAGCCAGUUUCAACAAGUGAUCCUCGUAAAAGAUGUGCUCGACCAACAUGUAACAAGCCAGCAAUAAUGGGAUGUGGAAAGUGUAACAAUGUCUUUUAUUGUGGUAUUAAAUGUAAAAAUAUACAUUUCUCUGAUCAUCGAAGUAUUUGUUCAAAGCCACCCUGGAAAUUUUGAAUCUUCAGAGUAACUGAACCCUCUCUUGCAGUUUGAUCCUAUUCCUCUAAAGAGCUACUCUAUGAAAAUUGCACCCAUGAUUUGGCCAUUCUAGUCGAAAAGUUGUGCAUUAAAUUUUGUUGGGUUGAGCAACGAAAUUUGGAAUCAAGAAUGGAGUCAAGAUUUUUUUAACAUUUAAAUAUUUCUAUCUAUUAAAUCGGGCCAGUCAUUAACAAAGCGGAAAGAAUUGCUCGAAAAGAAUAUAAAUUAAAUAUAAUAAUUUAAACUGUUGCUUGUUAAUUUAAAAUGUAAUAAAAGAGUCUAAAGUUGAUUUACAAAUUAAACAAAAAGUA